AGUAAGCACGCAACGCGGGCUUUGCGUAAAGAAAAUGCGCCGUGUUUAGAAAUCGAGAGAAAAAGGGCGGGAAGAAAAGUCAGAAAAACAGAAAAACCGCGACGAACGAACUGUGUCCAGUUCCUCCUGCCUGCGUUUUUGGUCAUUGUUCUAACGUCGUCCGUUGUGUGCAGGUCGCUUGUUUCGCGCGGAUCGGCUCCUGGCUCUCUCUCGCGGCCCUGCCCUAAGCCCGGCUUGCCCUGGAUUUCGACUUGGAGCGUAUCGGGAGUCAAGCGAAAGGGGGAAAAGAAAGAAGUAAGAGGUUCGGGGCGAACCGCCGAUGUCGUCGCCGAGCGUCGUCCGGGUGCUUUCUUGGGGUCUGCAGCGGGUGAGGAGGGCGCGACGCGGGGCAUGUUUUUCACGCUAAGCCUUUUUUAUCUCUGCACGAAUCUGCUCUCCGUGCGGUACGCGUGCGAACCAGACGAAAGGGACUCCAGAAGAAGAACUGCGUUCGUGGGAGUAGGACCAACGCCUUCUGGACAGUCUUUUUUUUCCAGGCAGACGGCUUUGGUGACAGAUCCGUGGUUUGUGCGCUCCCUCCUCGAUGUACGAGUCCUGCAUUUGCGUCGAUUAAUCGACACGGCAACUUUUUUUCUGGCUGGUAAGCUUCCGGAAGUGUCGCCAUCCGAGUUGCACCUUCGCCAGCCGAGGCACGAUCGACCCUGAUACCGACCAAGGGACGUUUCAUUUGCUAUCACGUGCAUGCCUGGAUGUGAUAACUGACUUCGCACCACCGACCAGGCGAUAAUAAUAGACUUUUCUCGUCUGCGACGUGCUCUGUCGAAGACUCGGCGUUGGUUCCCGGCUCCUGUAAUCACGCAAGAGCAUCUCGGCGGGCUUUUGAACCACUGCUAGUGGUUUAGCGUGUCAAGGUGAUUGCCGAGAGCUAGAUAUUAGGCUUUCACUGCGGUGUAGGCAAGUGGUCGCUGAUUGGUGCGUCGCGUCCGUUUUCUCGGAGUGACGUGCGGAAAUAUGGAAGUGCUGCUGACGACGCCGCUUUCAUCGGAUCGUGUGACCCGCGACUCGUCGUCUGCUACGAGCCGCGUCGUCACAAGUUCGUCUGCUACGGCGUUGUGGUGGAGGAGGCUGGCCGGCCGAAGGCGGAUCGCUCCAGGCGUGUACUUGGAGCCCGCUGUGCGAACCUUGGUGCCAGUGCCGUCCAUCUCGGACCAGGCCGGCGCUGCAGCCACGCUGGUGGCAGCAACCAUGUUGCCACCUGGCGUGCGCCAGUCGUCCGUCUCCAGGAGUGACGUCCUGCUGCACGGCGAAACCAAAAACGUCUGGGAGCUGCGCUUCGCCUACAAGGCCAGCCCGAGACCUCCGUACCUGACCGCCACGGAUUAUGUGUUCUACGUGAAGCGGCAGACGCAGCGGGAGAACAACCAGCACCACCACCACCACCACAACCACAAUAACAACCAAAAUGGCGGCGGUAACUGUCGCUCGCUGACGUCAUCCGGCGGCGACCAACCGGCGCUCAGCCCCGAGGAUGCCAUGGUCGAGCUGACAAACUUCACGGAGCUCAUGCGUCGGCUCAAGGAGGAUCUACGCUCUUCCUAUAGCAGCUUCGUGGAGGAGUUCGUGAGCGAGCCCAACGACGGCGUGACCCUGCUGCUGGACCUCCUGAAGACGUACCGCCGGAGCACGGGCGUCGACCACGGGCGCUACGCCUCCACCAGGGCGCGGCAGCAGCAGGCCAAGAAGGCGCAGUCUGAAGAACUGGACUGCUUACAAUGCCUCUUCUACUCGCUUCGAUGCCAAAAAUCCCUCGGGAAGAUCAUCAACCAUGGCAGCGGGCUUUGCGCCAUCGCUUCGAGCAUCAUGUCCAACUGUAGCAAGUCUCGGAAGCUUGCGAUAGAGCUCUUGACAAAGACGUGCGAGGACCACACUUCGGGUCACAUGAAGGUGCUCGAGGCCAUGUCAUCGGUGCGACUGAUCUUCGGGGAGCCGGUCCGCUUCAAGUUCCUCGUGUCCAUGCUGCUAGGGGGAGGGAAGAUGACGGCCGGGUUCGAGUUCUCUGCGUUGUACUUCUUCAACAUCCUGCUGUCGAACAGCAAGACACCGUCCGAGCGAGUACGCCUGCAGAGCGAACUCGAAGAAGCCGGCUUCGACGUCAGCGUCCUCGAAAAGAACCUCCAGGAGAAGGGCGUCCCUUCGACGGACGGCGUGUGGGAGGAGAUAGGCCGCUGGAAGCGCAACUACCUCGAUGUCGGCACGGCCCUCAACGAGCACAAACGGGUGGGGAACGAGAACGGAAAGCUGCGCACAGAGGUGGAACUUCUCAGGCGUGCUCUCAGAAAGUUGGAAGAAGACAAGAUGAACCUGAUCCAAGUUGAGCGAGAGCUCAAGGAGAAGUGCGAAGACCUCAAGCAGGAAGUGCUGACUCUCAAGAAAGUGAUCGAGGAACCAAAGACGUCUUCCAAGACCUCGGACACGGAGGACAGCGACCAGAGCGACGCGCAGGCCACGGACUCGGGCCGCUCCAGCUUCCUGGAGUACUCGACCGAGACGGAGCAGCCGGCCGGAGAGGAGGUGCUCAUCGACGUGCCCACCAUACGGCCACCCGACGGCUUCCAGUCGGACUCGGACGACAUGGUCCUGGCCGAGAAGAGGGCGCUCGCCUCGCUCAAGAUCUCAAGCACACCGAAGGCAAUCGAAACCAAGAACGCCUCGGCGGUGCUUCCCAGCAUCGCGAGCAGUAACCACAGCGGUGGCAGCAAGGCCACCGCCACGAACGGUGCCGCUCGCGACAGCGACGGCAGUUCUGACAAGGACGACGUCAUCGACUGGAACUACCCGGCGCUCCCGGAGCCCAAGCUCUUCCGCAAGAACAGCCGCUCGGCAUCCCGCUGCGACGCCGCCGGGGACGAGAAGCCCCGCGUCGUCGGGGUCCACCGCUUCGUCGAUUCCGCCACGGCCAGGCGUCGGAGCAAGUCGGAAGACCGGCGGAAGCUGCAGCAGCAGCACCACGAGUCCACCCACGAGAUCAUCAGCAACGGCAUCCUGCUCGACAGAUCGAACGAACCGGCGUCGCUGGCCACCGUGUUCCGGAAGCAGCAGAACCUGUCGGCGUCUUCGUCCGUGCUGAAUCGGGCGGACCCGGCGGCUUCCGGUGACGUCAGCAAGGGGUCCGCGUCAGCGUCGACGCCGCUGGAGAAGCACGGUUCGAGGCUAGCGGUGGCGUCGUCCAACUCCACGCCGAAGAACGGCUCCGGCAAGACUUCGCUGGACGGCUCGAAGACCUUACCCGGCAGCACCGUUAGCAACGGCAGCAAGCCAGGCCUAACUGCGAGCUUCCCCAAGAGCUCUCGGCUUUCCACGCUAGCGAGCGCGCGUCGCAGCGGUUCCGAAGACCUGCUGAAGAGUCAGGAAGGCACGUCCGUGGACGAAGGUCCUUUCCCGGCGGGCAUUGCGGCGUACAAGGCCAACUUCAUACUGCGCGGUCACGGCAACUGCGGUCUGUACUCGGGUGCGACGUUGCCCAAGGUCGCGACGCAGGGAGGUGACGUCGUGAAGGUGUCUUCUACGUCACCGCCGGUGUCGUGUGCCGUCGCGAGAGACUCCGUCAGCACGGAAGUGCAUCGCGAGAUUGCGGACGCUGUGCGACAAAUCGGGGGUUGGUUGUAGUCGCGCGAUGUUUCUUUUUCUGUUUUUGGUCGUCGUGUUUGCUCGUCGUGCCUCUUCGACGUCAGUUAAAGUAUAAGACGUUGCAUUUCAGUGCCGCCUGUCCAGCGCGUCAGAAGUGUCUUGCGCUUUUUGGCGUACCUCGAUGUUUUUGCAUUCCUAGAUCGCGCUGCCGCGAUAUGUCUGGCUGAAUUACGCCAGAGAAGGUUGCAAUCGCCUACGGCCAUGCCGGUGCUCCUGGUCUGGGCUAUCAUUGAUACAGAGCAAAAGACGCGUCCGUUUCUUUAAAAAUCUGCUUCACGCUAGCUGCGACAACGUCUCAUAACAUCAACUGCAGGCUUAAAGACAGGAGUGAAGAUAAAACCUUUUUUCUGCUUUCUUGUCUUCAUAUGACGCUACAGAUUGUGACACUUGCCGCAGAUGGAUGCUGACCAUUACCUCCCACCCAAAGUUUAUAUAAAGGUAGCGUUCGCAUUCACCUGGGCAGAUAGAUAGUUCUGUACUUCAACGUAACUAAGCAAAGCAGUGAAAUCAUCACCAUGCAUGUCAUGCAGUGUUGUAAUCAUUGAAAAACCGGCUCUUAAUGUAGGAGCAGCUGUUGACUGGAAGGCUGUGCACGUAAAACACGCCGCUGACGUGACAGCUUUCCAAAAUAUACCGGUGACAGUUUUUUUUAAUAAGUUGUAAAUAACUCCCAACACUUUAGCCCUCACGUUUUAUCGUUUAUCGUCGCGUUCUUGGCUUAAUAAUUUAAAUGAAAUCUGAGUUGUUUUGCUUUUGCGUAGUAUCACCUCAUUUUUGUUGAACACUCAUCGUGGACACGCCUUCCUGUGAAAACACUGACUUUGGCGUGUCUCUGUACCUUCUAAUUCCCCCUCCCCCCCCUUUUUUUUCGCUUGUAGAAGAGAAUCUUCAGAAAAAGGUGUUGGAAAUGGUGUCAGCUUGCCGCAGGGCCGUUCUCCCGGUGUGGAGGUUGUGCAGGUAUUUAUCUCUGAACGACGUUCCGACUGCUUAGACGAUCGCGCGGUGUGCGCGAUGCUGAUGCCUUACACGUGUUGGCCAUCGUGUCGCGAUGCGGGGUCAUUCUCAUGCUGAAUGAUGUUUAUGUUCGCUCUUUGUUUUACUUUCUUCCCCUUUAUCGUUGCACGUCGUAUGUUUGUCUAUUCUUUUUUUUUUCUUCUGUCGUCGCAAAAUGAGAAGUUUUAUUGUCUGGGAGAUGAGACCGGGUUCAUUGUACAGCGACUGUGUCACAGGCGUGCAUUGACAGUGCUGGUGGUUUACGCAGGUCAUUUGCAAAUAAAGUCAACGAAUCAUCAA